CAGCUACUACUUUUAGUGUUGUAAAAAGCGAUUGCACCUGCUACGGCUUGCGCUCGAGAUAAGGGAAACAGCUGAUGGCACAGAUAUCGACGCGCCGCCACAGUCAGUUAUCGUCCAGCGUCAAAUCUAACAAACAACUAUUGGCAAUUGGACUAAAUUGCAUUUUUGGGUUGGCUUUCACAAUAGGAUGGGUAAUUCUAUCGGUAUCGUAAGCGAGGACGAUGAAUCAUUUGACAUAACCGAGGAUGGAUUUGGUUACAAUGUUAUCAAUUUCACAGUCAACACCAUGGACGUGCAUUUUCGUGCCCAAAAUAAUCACCCGAACAAUCUGCCCGUUUGUGAAAAGCCAAAUGUAGAUAAAUUUCGAACCACAGACAUGUACAAAGAGGUAAGAGCACGCAGCAGCCUGGCCAGCAAGCCCACAGAGCAGCGCUGGAAUCUGAUGCACGCACUGCAACAGCGCGAAAAUGGCCUCGCCUCGCCUGGCAGCGACUCGUUCUCACCAAAUCAACAGCGCUACUUCUCCAACAUGUAUAUACCCAAUCAUAGAUCGAUGCGUCUGAUGUCUCUGGACGCCAAAGUGUUUGUGACCAAGUUCAAUAAGAGUGGCAGCAAACUCCUGACGGCUUGUCAAAAUGGCUUUGUGCGUAUCUAUGAUGGCUCCAAGGGCACGUAUCACUUGCUGAAUCGCAUCAAUGCCCGCGAUGUACAGUGGAGCAUCACGGAUGCUGACUUCAGUCCGAACGGUCAGCAUUUUGCCUACUCCACCUGGUCGCGCUCAUUCUAUAUAAUGUCACUUAAUGGCUCCGACGACGAUUGCCAGUGGAUCGAUGUGAACGAGACAUCAAGCAGUCGAGUCGCCAUAUUCUCGCUUCGCUACUCGCCCACGGGCGACAAGAUUAUUGGCGGCAGCAACAAUGCCACCGUUAUAGUGGGCGAUGUUCAGACGCGUGCCACACAGAUUCUACGCACACAUCGCAUGCCCCAGACGGACGUGAAUGCUGUUAGCUAUGUGAACAACAAUGAUCCAAAUGUGAUAAUAGCCGGUUGUGACGAUGGCCUGCUCAAGGUGUACGAUUUGCGCACAUCGUUUCGCAGCCGCAGUCUGUCCAAGUGUGUGGUUUCGUUCAUUGGACACUUUGAUGGCAUUACGUACAUUGAUUCGCGAAACGAUGGCUACCAUGUUCUUUCCAAUUCCAAGGAUCAGAGCAUUAAAAUCUGGGACAUGCGCCAGCCCAGCAAUCUGCGUUUUCGCAGCAACGCACGACAGCAUCAGCUGGCGAUGACCAAUUGGGAUUAUCGCUGGGACCGCGUGCCGCGCGAAUUUUACAAUCCACACAAGGCGCUGGAUGGUGAUAGCAGCAUAAUGACAUAUCGCGGGCAUCGAGUUAGCAAAACCCUGCUGCGCGCCAAAUUCUCCCCGAUGGAGCAAACCGGACAGCGUUUCAUAUACACAGGCUGUGCCACAGGGCGUAUUAUAAUUUAUGACGUGCUGACUGGCAAAAUUCAAGAGGCUAUUGAGGGACACAAGAAUGUUAUACGCGACCUGGACUGGCAUCCAGUGCGCUCUGAAAUUGUCUCCAGUUCGUGGGAUACGCACGUGAAUCUGAACAACUACAACCGGAAUAUGGCCACACAAAAUUUGAAGCGUCGACGCAGCCAAACGCAGGACACAAGACCUUUGCGACGUUCGCGUCGCCUAGCUAACCGUAAUAACUUGCCUGACUAGAUUAAGCAAUUAUUUGUUUUUUAGCGUUGCCUUUUGAUAUUGCAUGUUGUAUAGAUUACGUUACAUAUUUAACAUUAGUUAAUAUAUAAGAUAAUUACAUUCAGUUCUUAGGGCUUACCAAGAAAUCAGACCACCAACGCUAUAAACCAAAACAUCACACAUAGACAUAAAAUUCCCUCUUGGUUCUCGCGAACAAGACUGAAGACACAUCGUAGAACUGCGCCAGCAGCCAUUACAAUCCCAACAUACCCGUUACCACAAAACUCAGGCAUAAUUUUAAUGUAUGAGCGUACACUUCCCUGGUAUCUAAUCUAAUCUGAGGCCUAGCGUGAAACUGCGCUAGCAGGCUCUGCAAUCCCGACAACAUAAAACUCAGACAUCAUUUUAAUGUAUGAGCGUACGUUUUCCUGGUAUUUAUUAUAAAGUAUUUUAUUGUUACAUAUUAAACAUGAAACUAUGUACAAAAUCUAA